CAGUUACUGAUUGAAAGCAGAAUUAAGACAAUGUUUAACUGCACGAAAAACGCAUAUCCAAUCAUUUUUCUUGGUUUUCUAUUCAUUGUCGUACAGAGUAACUCUCAGAAUGAAAUUAUUAAUAAAUGUUUGGAUAAGAACAACAUUAGCAAAAAUCAAUAUGAAAAGCUAAUAAAACAUGGUAUCAUGGACACAGAAAUUGGAAACAUUGAAAGGAAAUUCAAGUGCUUUAUGCAUUGUGUAGUUAACGAAAUGGGUGUACUGGGCUCUGACGGAUACCUCAAUAUGAAGCAAUUGGAUAGCUUGGGAGAGCUACGGGACACCGAUCGCAUUACUUUCCGCAAGUGCAAUAAACUGUACCAUAGAGAAGCAGAUGCCUGCGAAUAUGUCUCCAAUAUUAUAACCUGCUUUAUAGCUGAGCAGUAAACAAACAAAAUUUGUGCUAAGAAUUAAUAUAUUAUUAUAU